GGGUGUCUCUUCCAGUAACAAGACUUUAAUAAGUCUCUUUUUCAGUUAUAACAUUUAAACAAUGAUGCUUGCGGUGGAAGAUGUGUUGAGUGAGCUCGCUGGAGAAGACAGAAACGACAGAGGUUUACCACCUGGCUUCCGGUUUCACCCGACGGACGAAGAGCUCAUAACUUUCUACUUAGCCUCCAAAGUCUUCCACGGAGGUCUCUGUGGCAUUCACAUAGCCGAAGUUGAUCUCAAUCGCUGCGAACCUUGGGAACUUCCAGAAAUGGCCAAGAUGGGAGAGAGAGAGUGGUACUUUUACAGUCUAAGGGAUAGGAAAUAUCCGACGGGGCUAAGGACUAAUAGAGCCACUACUGCUGGAUAUUGGAAGGCUACCGGCAAAGAUAAGGAGGUCUUUGCUGGCGGAGUAGGAGGAGCACUUGUUGGGAUGAAGAAGACCCUUGUGUUCUACAAGGGUAGGGCACCUCGUGGCCUCAAGACUAAGUGGGUCAUGCAUGAGUAUCGCCUCGAAACUGAUCUUUCUCACCGCCACACGUGUAAGGAGGAAUGGGUGAUUUGCAGAGUGUUUAACAAAACAGGAGACAGAAAGAAUGUUGGAAUCCAUAACCAAAUAAGCUAUCUCCAUAACACUUCACUGUCAACAACACAUCAACAUCAAAACACUAAUAACUAUUAUCAUCAUCUUGAAACCUUGCCUCCUCUUCUUGAACCAUCUAAAACCCUACCCAACUUUCCAUCACUACUUUACGAUGAUACCCACCAAAGUUACAAUAAUAACCUAGUCCAUGCAUCAUCAGGCCACAACGUCGACCAGUUCAAAGCCCUAAUCAACCCAGUCAUGUCUCAACUCAACGGAAUCAUUUUCUCUCCACAGAACAGCAACUACAACAACGAAGAAGACGACAACUUUGGCGUGAAGACCGAGCAAUAUUCGAGCGGUGGCAAUAACGAUCUUGAUGUACGAGAUUACUUAGAGAACCCUCUUUUCCAGGAAGCGGGUUACAGUCUAAUGGGUCUUUCGUCUUCUCCUGGACCUCUUAUGCUAUUAGAUUCUCCAUAUGUCCUUUAGGUUUCCAGCUGUAGAAUCCAGGCCUAUGGAUUAUAUAUUGGACCUUUAUAUAUUUGGUCUUUUAUGGUUUCUUAUUUUUAAGCCUUUGUGAAAUACAUUAA